AAAACAGUCCGGCGAGACCCAGCGGGCCGGGACCUGCCGCCUGCGCAGUGUUGAUCGGUCCAGGACCGGCUGGGGCGAGCCGGCCAGGCCACGGCGUGGGGACGAUGGCGACCGUGAACCCGUUGAAGCCGACCGAACAGAGAGGCAGGAGGCUCAGGUGAGGAAGGACAGGUCCGGGUUGGAUCACUGCUUCCGACGCAAUUGGGGCUGCGAAUCUGGGGUAGAACCAGACUGGGAAGGAAGAGGCCAGGCCUACAGAGCUGCUUUUAGUUCGGAUGUCCUACCAAAUUAUCCCAUUGUCGAGCAGGCUAUGUUAAGUCCUUUUCCAAACUCAAGCCGGCGAGCUAUUUGCCGCUUGGGCCCCAGGCAGGUGCCCAGUUGGCUUCUGGAGGAGGCAGCAGUGUUGGGCUGUUUGGAGUUAAAGACAAAACGAAGCCUCCGCUGUAGGGUAGAAAUCUGUUCUUACUUUUGAUCAGUAUUUACAUCAUGGGGUCUGCCUGAUCCCGUUGUGACCUCCUAAAAUCCGAAAUCAGAUUUAGGUAAGAUGCUUUGGUGAAGUAACCAUAGCCUGGACGCAUGCUUGCUUUUGAGCAGGAAACAACGCUAAUCACCAACUUAGUGCAGGUCACGGUGCAAGGAUUUGCUGAUAAUUGUGGGACUUGAGAAUUUGGGCAAGAAAUCCUGGCUUUUGCUUCCCAUUCACUUAGAGGAGGUCCCUGGGAAAACAGGAGAGUCUUGGAAUAAAAGGGCUGCUUUUCUUAAUCUUCCGUUGGACAGCAGGGGGAGAUCGUAAACAAACGAAGCACAGAAUCUCUGGCUGAGUGCCUGGAAAGGUGUUUUUUGUUUUGUUUUUGUUCGUGGAAAGGAGCAGGAAGUUGCUUCAAGCCGGCCAAGAAUUUCUUCAAGUUGUGCUUUUUUUAAAACAUGGACCUCUAAGAAUGGGGUCUGGUGGAGAAGAGAUGUUUUGUGAUAACCUGGCCUUUUCUAACCCUCUCCCAUUCUAGAUCUGCCGCUGUUGCAGGUCCACUUCGUGGUGUAGCUAGGACUCAGAGGAGGCUUGGUGGCUGUUCUUGCUCUCCACAGGGUUUGUAGCCAUUGCCUGCUCUGAACUCAGCACAGCCUGGGGCUUCCUUUGAGUGUUCCUGUAACUACGCGGUGGAGAUCUGCAAGCCUCUCCUUCCUCUGAGCCUCUGAUGGGAAGCCAGUGUUAAUGAGAGUUGCUGAUCUAGUUCUGUUGCAUCCCUAGGGCUCAUAGGAAGCUGAGAUGGAGGAUAUCACCAACGGAUGACUUUUCCCAAAAGAGGGUAGACUUUUGAGAGAGAUGUUGAAAAACCUGUUAGGUAGAAUCUUCUUAGGCUCUCUUAAAUGCUGGCAGAAUUAGUUGUGCUCUGGGGAUCACAGCCACAGGAAGGAGUGAGGAAGGGAAUGUGGUGUUAUCUCUGUUAUUUUCAAAAUUCCCCUGCUGGGUCUUGCUGAGGCCUGUCAACAGGUGAAACUUGAACCUCCAGAAUCAUUCUGGUGAUCCUAGGAACCCCUGGGUUGAAGAAGGGGGAGUGGGAAGUUGCUGACCAAGCCAUAGAUGAUUGCUGCAGUGUGAAUGGUUGGUGAAAUUAAUAAAUUCCUGACUAUCCACCCCUUUCCUUGCCUGAUCCCAAACGUGACCCCAAAACCUCUGAGCACACCUUGGCAGCUCUGCUAGUGUCAAGAGCACCAGUGCUGCCAGAUGUGGGCAGCUUUCGGCCUGCAUGGAGAAGCCAAUCCAGGGUGGGAAUUUCCUGCUUCCAGGAACAAAGCAUACAUAUCGUGACAUGGAAUGUGGCCUCUGCGGCACCCCCUUUAGACCCCGAUAAUCUCCUUCAGCUGAACAACCAGAACUUGAAUCUGGACAUGUAUGUUAUUGGUUUGCAGGAAAUGAACUGUGGCAUCAGGAACCUCCUUUCUGACGCCGCCUUUGAAGACCCAUGGAGCAGUUUCUUCAUGGAUGUGCUUUCCCCUCUCAGCUUCGUCAAGGUCUCCUCUGUCCGCAUGCAGGGGCUCCUCUUACUGGUCUUUGCCAAGUACCAGCAUUUGCCCUUUAUCCAGAUCCUCUCUACUAAAUCCACCCCCACUGGCCUCUUCGGGUACUGGGGGAACAAAGGGGGCGUCCACAUCUGCCUGAAGCUUUACGGCUAUUACGUCAGCAUCAUCAACUGCCACCUGCCCCCCCACAUGACCAACAAUGACCAGCGACUGGAGCACUUUGACCGAAUCCUAGAGAUGCAGAAUUUUGAAGGACUUGAUAUCCCCAACAUCCUGGACCAUGAUGUCAUUGUCUGGUUUGGAGACAUGAAUUUUCGGAUCGAGGACUUUGGGUUGCACUUUGUUCGGGAAUCCAUAAAAAAUCAGUGCUACAGUGACCUGUGGGAGAAGGACCAGCUCAGCAUUGCCAAGAGGUGCGACCCGCUGCUCCGGGAGUUCCAGGAGGGCCCUCUGCUCUUCCCGCCCACCUACAAGUUUGAUAAGAACUCCAACAACUAUGACACCAGUGAGAAAAAGCGCAAGCCUGCAUGGACUGACCGCAUCCUGUGGAGGUUGAAGCGCCAGCUGCACAGUGGCUCCUGCACCCCCAGGCUGCCAGCCCCCCACUUCUCCCUGUGUCUGAGGAGCUACAUCAGCCACAUGAUGUACACCAUCAGUGACCAUAAGCCUGUCACCGGCACUUUUGACUUGGAGCUGAACCCAUUGGUCUCUGUCCCACUGAUCACCCUGAUGCCAGAGGGCCCAUGGACCAUGGAGGACGAUAUGCUGAUCAGCUAUACCUUGACCCCAGACUUCCCCAGCAGCCCCUGGGACUGGAUUGGACUCUACAAGGUCGGGCUUCGCCACAUUAAUGACUACGUGUCCUAUAUCUGGGUCAGGGACAACCAGGUCUCCUUCCAUGACGGGUCGAACCAGGUUUACAUCAACAUCAGCGAUAUCCCUGAGACCGAGGGUCAGUUUCUCCUCUGUUAUUAUAGCAACAGUCUACGUUCCGUGGUGGGGAUGAGCAGUCCCUUCAAGAUCCAGCCUCGUGUCUCCUCAGAGGAGGACCCACGGGGUGAAUCCCAACCGUCUCUGGAAUUGGCCACUUAAGCACAGGGUUUUGUUGCUGAGAUAUAAGUGAAACCAGCUGGUUUGUCAACAGUGAAGACCUGGGGAUAGUCCACCAAAGGUGGGAAGGACCCUCCAGCCUUCAUCUCAUUCCUUGAUUUUCCCCCCACGCAGUUUCAGUCGUGCCCAAGCAGGCCUGCCAGACACAUGCCCCAUCUGGCACGGGCCCGCAUUCUUCUCGCACCAUCCUGGGCCUCAGGCUGCCGGGGAGGGGGAGAUGCUCACAUUUGUACAGGCUCCAUAGACUCGCUGGCGCAGGCAGCGCUAGGUUCCAGGAGUCUUGGCAUCUCAUUCCCUGUCCCCCGGGGGAUGGGAAGAAGGUCUGGGAUCCUUGCUUUGGCAGAAACAGUAUGGCUGGGUGGGCAGGAUGGAGGGGCCCCUUCACCCAGGCUCUUAUCUGGGGGUGGUGGGCGGCUGGGGGGGUGGUCUGCCUGCGCCCCUCUGCCUCCAUGGAGUGUGACCCAAGAAGUUCCAGGACCUGAGCCGAGGACUGGACCCUGGUUCACUGCUGGUGGAUCAUGCCCCCAGCCUGGCAUCUUGUGAAGGGUUGACAGGUGGUAGAGGAGCUGCGGCCAUAGACUUCUCCAGGGCAGUCUUUGCCCAGUCCGGCCCAUCUGCCCCUACGCCUGCCUGUGGUCAUUGGCCAGAAACCUGCCCUCUCUCUAGACCUCACUGGGACCUUGAAGCGGGGGCAAGCAGGGCAGGCUGGAAUGAAGACGUUUUUGAGAAUCUGCCCCUUGGGGUCUUCAGAGAACAUUCUCCAGGUGCUAUGUGGACGUGGCCGUCCCUACUCCUACUACUUGCCUCCAGCCACUGCUGAUUCAAUGGCCCUUCUCCCAGGAAAGGACACCUCAGGGAGCCUGCUCUGUGACUCACACCAGUCGUACAACCUGGGACUGAGGCACACUCCAGCUGCUCUGCACCCUGUACUUCACUCUGGGAGCCAUGUGUGUCAUCAGGAACUGUCCCCUGGCCCCUAGCAGGCCUUGGCUGUUUGUGUUUUCUCUGUUACAUGGGGGGAGAACAAGAAACAUGGC